CGACAGUCGCACCGCGCUCUCACUCACCGCUGAACUGUCUCAAGUAAGGAAGAGCAGAAAACAUGUACAAGUUUAGGGGUGCGGCAGGAUUUUCGGCGGCUCUGGGGGGGAUGAUGGCAGCAGCAUCGGCAGCAGAUCCAGAGAAAAAACCCAGAGAGGAAAUGAAUGUGGACGAGCUCUCUCUCUACACCGUUCCUCAGCAGAAGUUUCAUCAUGUAGAACCAGAGAGAGGAACGAUGGAGGAGAACAUCACCACACUCAGGAAAAUGGCUGAACCGUACAUCACCUGGUGCCAGCAAACCAGCACCUCAACCAGAGAGAACGUUCAGGGAGCCUAUGAAGUGGUGAAGCCUAAAGUGGAGCGGGCCGUUCAGUUUGGUCAAGACAGUUACGUGUACCUGAGUAAUCCACCCCCUGAGUUUUACCCCCGGGCCGGGGUAAUCGGCUUCGCCGGCCUCCUCGGCCUGUUCCUGGCGAGAGGUUCCAGGUUGAAGAGGCUGGUUUACCCCACAACUCUGAUGACCAUCGGUGCCUCCAUGUACUACCCACAACAAGCAGCCACCAUCGCUAAGGGGACGGGCGACGCCGUGUAUGAACUGGCACUGCAGGCGUAUGUUGCUGCUGAAAACCUCGCCAAGGGCAAAUCUGCUCCCAAACCUCCUACAGAGAAGAAGGUCGAGGAGAAAGCAGCCAGCGGAGAGCCAAAAGCUUAGAUACCAUCAGGUUGCCGUGACGACAGCACGCCGUUACCAGGAGAUCUGAGUGUUAAAUCCAUCCCAUAAUUGUCCGUCCUUUCCGUUUCCCCUUUUGGUGGGGCAGGUCUCGCUCUUUUAUCUGCCUCUUUGCUCUUGCUUCUGCACCAGCCACGCCCUUCACCUGUCAAUCAAGUCGGCGUGGGCGUGGCCUGUGAACGAUUUUAAACUUGAAUAACGAGUGAGAGCCUCUGUACAGUGUUUUACUGUAUAUUUAUGUAUAAAGGAUAAUAAAUCACUAUAGAUUCUAUAAGAA